AUGAAGUUCCCAUGGUCCAAACCGCGCGACGCGCGUGAGGCGGAAAAGACAGCUGAUGGCUCAGCUACCUCGACUUCAGCCACCCCAACCACAGUGCCAGAUACCAAUUCCAGCUCGCCACCUGAAUCUCAACAAGUCUCAUCAGACAUUAUCGAUCAUGAGAAGAAGACCGAAGAACAAAACCCAGCACGAGCAGCAGCACCAGAUGCGCAGCGAUACACUGAGUCAGGGGACCCCGUCACCAUCAACAACGACAAUGCUGGCGACUCGAACGAAGUCAAUCAACACGGUAGUUCGACCGAAACCGAAAAGAACGAAACCACCCACCACGACUUGACCCGGACCGUAUCAACCGCCACCGCGUCCACCGAUGCCGGGGAACCAGGCGAAGACGACGAAUCCAAGUACGCCACCGGUCUCCCGUUAUAUCUCCUAACAUUCGGCCUCACGCUAUCCACAUUCGUGAUGGCCUUGGACAACACCAUCAUCGCGACCGCUAUCCCAAAAAUCACAACCGUGUUCAACUCCCUCGACGACGUGGGCUGGUAUGGCUCUGCGUAUCUGCUCACGACAACAUCUCUACAGCCCUCCUUUGGCAAAGUAUACACUUACUUCAACGUGAAAUGGACGUACAUGUUGGCCCUUGUCAUUUUCGAGCUGGGAUCCGUGCUAUGCGGCGCAGCAGUCAAUUCAGCCAUGUUGAUCGUCGGCCGAGCCGUGGCGGGCGCAGGAGCAGCCGCUUUGUUUUCAGGCGGUAUGACUAUUAUAGCCUACUCGGUGCCCUUGCGCAAGAGACCUAUCUACAUUGGCCUGUUGAGUUCGAUGUUUGGCAUCGCGUCGGUUGUGGGACCUAUUCUAGGAGGCGCAUUUACUGACCGAGUCUCAUGGCGCUGGUGUUUCUACAUCAACCUCCCCAUCGGCGCAAUCGCAAUCACAGCCGUAUUCUUCUUCUUCCACAACCCGAAGCGCAAACACAGCAAUUUAACCAUGAAACAGAAAAUCGGCCAGAUCGACCUUGUGGGAGCCUUCUUCCUCAUCUGCGCCAUCGUCUGUCUUUUGCUGGCCCUUCAAUGGGGGGGCACCACGUACAAAUGGUCAAACUCCAACGUCUGGGGCUGUCUACUUGGCUUCUUUCUCCUCAUUCUGGUAUUCACAGCAAUUCAAAUCCGCAAGGGCGAACUUGCAACACUUCCACCACGAAUUUUGUUGCAUCAACGAACGGUGUUCGUGUCGGCGUUUUUCUCGGCAUUUCUGUCCAUGGGCAUCUACACGCACAUCUACUAUCUACCUUUUUAUUUUCAAGCCGUCAAGGGCACUACGGCCGAAGGAUCCGGAAUCCGCACCAUUCCGUACCUGGUCAGCGUCACGCUUUCGUCCGUCGUGGUCGGUGGCACCAUCACGGCUCUGGGGCCCUAUGUUCCAUUUACAUGGAUUGGCUCCGCCAUCUUUGCAGUCGGGUGUGGGCUGCUGUAUACAUUGAAAGUCGACUCGUCAGCCGCCACAUGGAUCGGAUACCAAAUCCUGGCCGGGGUCGGCGGCGGCGGAUGUGUGCAGAUCCCCUUUAUUGCCGUGCAAGUGGUGUUGCGGCAAAAGGAUAUUCCCGUGGGAAAUGCCGUCACCAUAUUUUUCAAUUCGCUUGGUGGUGCUAUUGCCAUUUCGAUCGCGCAGAAUAUCUUCUCGAAUAGCCUGGUCGAGCAGAUCCCGAAGUAUACGACGGGUGUGGAUCCGAGAGUUAUCAUGGGUGCUGGUGCGACUCAUAUCAGGGAAGUCACGCCCCCGGACCAGUUGCCGGGGUUGUUGCGUGCUUAUGAUAUUGCGGUUACGAAUUCGUAUUUGCUGUCGAUUGCUUGUGCGUGUAUUGCGUUUUUGCUGUCGCUGGGCUUUGAGUGGAGGAGUGUCAAGGGGAAAAAGAUUGAGAUGGGUGGUGCUGCUUAG